AUGAGACUCCUCCGUCUAAUCUGUUCAAUCUCCCUGUUGUACUGUACAUUGGCCGACCGGAAAUCGAGCAGUGUGCUGGAAAAUAUCAAGAAGAGGUAUCCGAACAGAGUGUUCAAUGUUUUGACACCCGGCGAUUUCCACGAAUACAUUGCGGUGGGGAAAAUCGACGGUGAUCCGAACUACACAAUCGCCAGAUGUAAGGCUGACUAAUCGCUUCUUAUAGGUGUUUCAGUGAAUGUCAACGAAAGCUACAAUGCGAAAAAGAAGGAUGUCGGAGUCCCGAAUGUAAGUGGAGCAUAAACAACGCUUUACAUUGCGGGGAAGUUCUAUAAAAUCAAUUUUGUAGAACAUGCCCUACCCGUUGGUCUACUUCCCCGCCAAAGCUGGGGACGCGGAAUACGGCAACAUUCUCUAUGAAGUCGCGAAUAGCAAAAAGAUCAAGAUCUUCAAUUCGGCGACGUAAGUGGCCUUGAACAUGUGCUUAUAUACGAUUGCAGCGGCCGAGUUUGUGGUUGGGACAUCCCCACCUGGCCAGACAUCAGAAAUAGACCCCAUGUCUAUCUGAUGGGAAAGAACUACUUGAGUUUGGGACCAGAGGAUGCGGUCAGAUUGGACACGCUGAACUGUAGUCACUCGGGACAGAGCCUCCCGGUCGUCAAGGUUAGGGACAUCCCUGAUUCAGAGCUUUCGAAAAAAAUCAAAGACAUGGUUCCUAAAUGCUGGGUAGGUCAUGAACAAGCCUGCGCCGUAAAUUCUUUGCAAAUCUUGUAGCCUUCAAAUCCUCAAAUUUUUAGAGCAACCGCACCGACGAUGUUUACUGUGUGAACGACAUCGACAUCGAUCAAACCAUUCAAGUCCCCCGCGCCAACCCCAUUUACCACACCGACAACCUGACUGUGUACGGGUUCUGCUGCGAUGCCAACAACAAGUGCGAUGGCGAUGGUGGAGACAGAUGCUCGUAUUUCAUCUACGAUCACUAUAAUGGCGCUGAUUGGUACAUUGACGACGAUUCGGACUGGACAACCGACUCCGUGAAGAAGCCCUACUUUUUGAUUCCGUACAUUUACAAGAACGACAAGUUCCAGAACGUCACCAGAAGACAUGCGAGCACACCGACUCCAACUGUGGUCACAACGCCCGCCCCAGGUUGCGGAUAUUGUUGCAACUUCUUCUUUUUCUUCGCUGGCUUCUUUGGUGGAAAUUCCGGAAAUUAA